UAAAGAGAGGGAAACAUGAGAAAGGUGCAGUAAGCCACACAGAGGUUCACGCAACCAUACCAACCUGCUGAGGGUUCCUGUGGGUGAUUCUCUUUUGUUUUUGCAGAGAAAGUUUUAAAGGUCCCUUAUCAUCUGCACUCAUGAUCAAAUUGUUAAGUGUUGCCAUUGUUGCAGGAUUGUUUUUCGAAAGCGACCAGAAGAUCAUCCUACCCCAGUUACCCAUUGCAAAAGGAUGGCCCUGCUACUAUCCCACCCACAUUCAAUGCUGGACAGACUGGUUUGACAGAGAUAAUCCCUCUGGAACUGGAGACUGGGAGGUCCUCUUCAAUCUUCGUAACGAGAACCCAGGAAAGAUCUGUCCUAAACCAGUGGACAUUGAAGCCCAGACUCUGAAUGGGCUCACUGUGGCUGCAGCAGGGGAUGUGAUUUACAAAAGUGACACAACUGUGGGAUUCAUCUGCAGAAACAGCGACCAACCCAACAAGAAGAGCUGUAAUGAUUAUCGUGUUCGUUUCAGCUGCCAUCCCCCUUUCUGUGGUGGAGGAGUCUGCUGGACCAAGUGGUAUGACAGGGACAAUCCCAGUGGAACAGGGGACUGGGAGCUUUUGAGCAACCUGAGGACAGAAAACCCAGGAGAAAUCUGUGACCAUCCUCUCUACAUUGAGGCUGCUACCACUGGCUCAAUCCCAGCCAUGAGCACAGGGGAGACCUUCUCUAUCUACAAUCCGACUCAGGGAUUUGUUUGCCGCAAAGCGGACCAGAAAUCUGGCAAGUGCCUUGACUACAAAGUUCGCUUUGGAUGCCCAUGCAGUAAUUAAGCCCUGAUUCCACAACCAAACACGGGGGAAGAAGACGUUGAAAUUCUUAUUGCUUAAACAUUUAAUUUUUUUUUUUCUGUCUCUUUCUAUUUUGUAGUUUUUGGUGAGAAGGCCUUUUUCACAGGAAAAACAUUUACUUUUAGGAAAUGCAAAUGAGUAAUUAGUAACAUGAUCAAUGGCUCUGUUGUCCUCAAAUGUCAUAGUAUGUGUGAUACAGGACCCUGAAUUUAACUUCAUUAUAUAUGCUUAUGCUUUUCCUACAGUGCCAAAAUGUCUUCUGUGGGAAAAGGCCUACUAGGUGCUUUAUCCGUAUGUCUUUUCCUUUAAGUGAUUAUGAAAUCAUUACCUUGUAUGACUAUUGUAAAUCAACAGCAAUAAAGAAUACCAUUAGACAGCAAA